AAACUCACCUUCUUGUGAAACGCGAAAGACGUCAAAACGGCUGAUCGAGCACAUGUGAAUUUCAUCGAUUAUAAGCGAACUGCUCAUUGGCUGCCUCGUAUUUCAAAGGGCAUUGCUGAUAGGCUAAUUCACGAUCCGAUAGAACGAACCAACGAACCAACGAAACUUCUCAAAUGCCUUCAAGAAUAUGAACGCUGCCUAUCGGCAGCAAUUAAAUAGACAAUAGUAAGUUAAGUGUAAAAACAACGAAGGAAAAUUGUUUGCGCUGGUGGGGUAAAUCAGACAGAAAGUGAAAGUGGGAGUGUUUGUAGUGAGCCGAAACAUAGUAUGAAGACCAAAUAAUUCACAAGCUGAAAUUCGUUCUGGAUGACAGUUGAGUUAGUUAAGUUAAGUUAAGAUAUAUUCAUGGAAGUGCAUAAUUUUUGCAAUUUCGGCGUUCAAGAAACUGUUGCUGCAUCACAUGCAACUACCAGCUCAUUCAGGCCAAACAGGGCUCGUAUUAAAAUCCUACAACAAAGUCGACAGCUUUCAGACGACAUACAUUUUGGCCAGUCCAGAGAAAAUGGACUGCAUCCAUGCGUGAUCCAAGUCCCCUUCCAUUCACUGAUAAUUCAGCUUGUUGUGGCUGUCGAGGAUGAAGACAACGAAGAAAUUUGGCUUUGUGAUGCAUCCCCAGUGAUGGAACAGAUACAUCUCACUAAGGAUAGAAUGUUCAGGAUUGUUCCGGAAGUAACGCCAUACGCUUGGAUGUUAUCACGUAAAACUGAUUGUAGAAAUAUGCAACUUCCUCCCUACGCUGGCAACUUAGUUUUUAUGUUGCCUGUGAAAGACGAAAAGCCUUCCACUCAUACGAUUACAAUCAAACUCUGCCAGGGAGUUUCGCAGUGUAAAGUUCUUGACGUCGUGCACUUUUACAUUAAGUCACAUGAAGAUAAAAACUUGUUUGCUUAUCAGAGCGGAAGAACAAUCACCGAGGUAGAGAAGCCCAUACCUAAAAUACAGAUGACAGGUGUCUUGGCACGCCAAAGUGGAAGAGCUAUAAGGAUGCACUUUCAAAACCUUGGCGAUAACGGUCAGUACAAUCAGUUUCUGAUUGAUAAACGAAAGUUGAUUGAACGUGUCGACGGAGUGGUGAAGUAUCAAGAUCUUUUGUUAGCUGUACUUCUCGAGGAAGCAAUUAUGCAGUUUGGGCAAAACAAAAUGGACGACUGUAUGGCUACAUGUCGAGGUGUCUGCGCACGCGCAACACGUCUCAACUCGGGCAACUGGCCUUUUCUGCAAACAAAGGCUUUUUACAUCAUGUCAGCUGUGUACCGACAAGCGAAAGAUUUUGACUUGGCCAACGAAUAUAUGGAAUACUCUACUGAGAGUUUGGAACCUGCUUGUCUAGGUGAAGAAACCGCGGUGAACAAGUACAACAUGGCGGCUUUGUUGGCAGAAAAAUCAGCUGCUGUUGGCAUAACAACCGAGGAGGCACGUGAAGUAGAGCGACUGUUCGAAGAUGUUGUGAGAAUUUGGGCUCAUCAACAAGAGAACGGCAGUAUGAGAUGCAUCAACAGAAUGAACAUUAGGAGAAUCAGUUAUCAUUUGAAAUCAUCCCGCCCGAAGUUUCCUGAUUUGAAUGUCACUGUCUCGGACGAAGACAUUGCUAAAGCAGGAAAAGCUAUCAAAGAAGUCGAGGAAAAGCUGCUUCCGCAGUGCACCAGGAGAUUCAAAGCCAACUUCCUCAUCGGUAAAACGGACUAUUUCAUUCGCCGAGCAACAAGACCAGGGGGUGACAUAAGGGAACAAGAAAGAGAUUUGGAGACAGCAAUGAAUGUCCUUGAUGAAGCACUACAGAUAUCUCGAGAACUUAAAAUGGAAAAGGAGAUAGAGGGAAUAAACGACCGAAGGCGAAACAUUCAAGAUCUCAUUGAACGUGGUUUACUUUGGUUAAAUCAAAGGCCAGUCCAGAAUCACGGGGCCCGUAACGAGCCUUGUGAGAGAGACACCGACGACUUCGAAGAUUUACUGGAAAACAUGUUGCUCUUUGAAACAGAGCAAAAUAGACGACGGGAAGAUCAAUGCAGUGAGUAAGAAUGAAGGAAUUCAAGACGGAGCUUUGAAAAGUAACGGUUGACUAAUUUUCGUAAAAGCGAAUAAAGAUUUGCUACAGUUAGCACGGGAUUUACCUUAAAUUGACUAUAAGUUGCUAAAGGUAUUAGUCUGUUAUUUAUUCUUGCUCACGGCAAGUGUCAAUUGAACAGAAGCCUGUUGGAAACUGUGCUGGUUAUUAUUACAUGUAAAAAACGGAAAUAUUACAAACCCUCCUUUGGCAUAAAUGACAAUCAGUGUGCAUUAUUCUGGCACGCGCUUUGCAGCACACCCACUUAUUAGAGAUAUUGGGGGCAUUUUUACCUGCCCGACAAAACCUUAUAUGUUUUCUGUUAUAACUGUUAUAUACGCCCAUUUAAUACGGGCGAUAGACAUUCCUUUUCAGCCGAGUAAUACACCCUCAUUCAAAGUUAUAUUUUAAAGACGUAUGUAUCUGCAGCUCUUGUCUGUUAACUGUUUACGUGUAGCUCCCCCGUUUAUUCAAUAAUAACUAGUAGUAAUCAGAGAUUAUGAGAGUGCGUUCGACGCUCUCACUUUAAUAUACAAUUA